CAGCGAUUGACAACCGCGAUAAUUGGCAGCUGUCACUGAUAAUUCAACUUCUUCAAGAUGAAAAGCGGAAUGAAAUUUUAACACGUAAACCGACAUUAAUUCCACAAAAUAGGAAAAAGUAAAGGACUAGAAUCGACAUCGCACCAAACCAACAGACCGGUACCUUUUUCUGGGCAGUUGAAAGUGGUCAAAUGUUCUCUCUAGCGUGCGGUCUGCGAAGGAAUGUCGUCGAUGCACCCGCAGUCGCAGCAAGCCGUGGCAAUGGACGUUGAUAGCCCCAGUGGCGGAGGCGCUGCUAGUAGCGCAGGGGGCGGUGCUGGAAGUGGCGGUGGGGCCCCCGGCACGCUCAAACGGUGCUCCAGUGCCCCUAUGAUCAAUGAAGCCAAUGCUGCUAUGACCACUAGCAAUGGGUCCUCCACCAGCAGGGACCAACCAACAUAUGGUAGCCUGUUUGGAACACCAAAUAAUAGAACUAGAAGAUUCAGUGCCAGUUUCAGUCCAGUCCCUGGAUCCCCAAUAUCAGGGCCAAGGCUGACACCCCGCAUAAAUCAACUAAGACAGGAAGAACACGAAGGUAUCAGCAAUACCCGGGAACUCGCCCACGAGAGGGAAAUACAUCAUGCCAUGCAGAUAUCCCAAUCCUGGGAGGACUUGAGCCUUAUGAAUGACAACAGUAGCAACAGUAGCUGUGAUUGGAAACCAUUGAACAAAACUACCCCUCUGCAGAUAUCACUACCAUCUUCAUAUGGCAGUGCUUUCAUGUGCAAUUCGCCAUCGCCUACGCGUACAGGCUUCCAAAGUCCCACAAGGUCCCGAACCAUCAUUAGACGAAGUGCUAGUCCUGUUCUAAGGCCUAGCCCACUUGGCGUGAAACGAAAACUAGAUGAAGACAGGUCAGAAUUCUGUGCAGGUCCCCGUGCCAAACGCGUGUACAGCUACUCCGGCGGUUGCGUCUCGUCCCUCUCCUCAUACCGCGGUUUGGGCGGUCUCCUCACGACUACAGGGGGCGGAGCCUCUUCCGGAGCCCCGCCCCUCCCACCAGGCUCUUUGAGCUCAGCCGGCACGCCCGAAUCGGUCUCGAGCGCAGGCGGCGAAUCGCCAAGGUCGUUCACGCGCACUGGCGCCGCUCUGCAAAGCGCAGGCGGUGUGGCUUCGGGAGACGCGCCUUCGCCAAGCGGUGCCGGAGACCCACAAAUGCACCAUCAGAUGCAUCAGCUGCAGAUGCACAAGGAGGAUCACGAAAUGGCGGAUAGCAUCGCUUAAGGGAACGAUCAGGGUUAAUGUGUGUUGUAAGUGAAUCGCCGAGGUCUUUCGGGCAAUAGCACCGCCCACCAAAGCCAGGGGGCGUUUCUUUGAGACACGCCCUCUACCUAGUUGGAAUGGCGGAUAGGAUGUUGAGAGAGAUGAACAGGGUUUAAGUAGUGUUAUAGAUGAUGAAUUAUUCGCAAAGAGAAAUGUGUAAGCGAAUGAUCUGGCGGAUGUAAUGGAGAAAUGUGUGGAAGACAAUUUUCAGCAGCGUGAUAAACUUGCAUAAAAUACGUGGUAAUUGAAGGCUCCAAUUCAACCGGUUAUAUCUGAAGCGACAUCGAAAAACAAGAUCAUAUAAGUAUGUAGAAUGAUUCGAUCAUGACAUACUAUGUUCUGUAUUCCUUAUUUAAUAAGACAGUAUUUUGUUUUCCCAAUUGGCCGUCUUAAAAUUUUAAACUAUGAGGAUCCUCGACAUAGUUAAAAAUCGGACAUAACCGGUUCUUACAUAGGAGUCUUCAGUUAUGUGAGCUAAAAGCCACUUUUUCUAAGAUAUACUUGUCAUUAUCGAAUAUAAUAUAUAUCGCAAUAUGUCACGAAUAUGCAGUUUAUAUUCUCGAAAGUACGAGUUAAGUGACAAUAUUAUUUACAUUUCAUAAGAACGGUAUCCGAUUUUCAAUGAUUUAGAUAUACGACAAUCGCUGUUCUUAUUGUUUUAUCUUAGUUUCAACUUGCAGUUGUGCAAUACUAAUGAACACUUUUGUAAAAAGACUAAUACUAUCUUUUCUUACCCAAAGAGUAUAUUGAAGUAGGGAUUGAAUCUAGAUUGUUCAGUACUUUAAUUUUGCAUAGAAUUUUUUCUAACAAAAUCAGGAGUUAAUCACAGAUCCUCCCUUAAUAACUGUUUUUUAUCUCAUUAUAAGAAAAUUGUACUAUUUUUUUUGCUGUUGAAUGAAGGAUAGCUAGUAUUGUAUAGAAUGUGCCAAUAUGUUUGUCAUUUUUCCUCACGUGCGUGUACCAUUUUUUUAUUUAAAUAAGAUAAUUACCAGUUAUUUUUAGAAAUACCUAAAUAUAUAAAUCUCUAGUCCCUAGUUUUAAACAUUAGCUAUUUUAACAUAUUGAAAAUUCAAGGUGCUAAAAAGAGGUGGGUGAAUUUUUUUGGAUAUAUUAUCCUGCAAGCGCCUGAGGGUGCCGUAUUGUCAGUCGUUCCUACAAUUAUAGGAGGCCUUUGGCCUCCUUGAUUUUCAUAGUUUUUCCUCUCCUUCAGAAAGGCAGGGGUAUUUCUAAAUUUCUACUGUUGUCGGCGCUCUAUUUUGAAGUUAUAUUUUCUGAUAAAAACUUGAUUUUUAUCAUCUGUAUUAUCAGCCUGAAAUUUCUUAAGAUUAAAAAAGAAAAAUAACCUCACAAUAGGAGAGCGCUGAAGGAGAGAAAAGGCUAUGAAAGUCAAAGAAGCCAUACACGCGUCCUAUAAUUGAAGGAAUGACUGACGAUAAGGCCCUAAGGCAUGGAACGUUCAACUCUCGAAUGUAGUAAUAUUGCGACUCAGAAUAUAAGGAAUAGUGGAUUAACCAUCCCAUAAUUAGAUAAUACAGAAUUUUAGAUUCUGCAUAAAUCUAUAUUUAUUAAAAAUUAAACUUCACAGAUCCUCGGAUUUUGACACGUACCGUAUACUUUUUGGUGCAAACUACCGUAAAAAGAUUUUCUUUCAUGUAUAUGUACAUUUUGUGAAUAAUCUAAUUGAAAAAUCUUGUACACUAGAACUUGUUGAGUUUUUUUAUAUGAAGAUUGACUGAUAUGGUUUGAAGUUAUGUAGUUGUCUGAGUUAUGUCAUAGGUACUCCAAUAAAAUUGUUGAGAAAUCAGCCUUCUAUGGUAUUUUUUGUUUGGAACACGCGACUUUGUACGAGGCCACCAUUUUUUGACUUCAGGGUUCUGGGUGACCAGUUUGGUUUUUGAUUUGCUACAAUCUUUUCCAGGCGAUUAUAUUGAAUAACCUUGUGAAUGUAUUGACAAGUUUUGAUCUCUCUAGAUGGUUAGAUUGAUAGCUAAAAUUUACAGCGAGUUUCUAAGUUGAUGAUUAUAUGACGUUGAUAAAUUAAGGAAACGUCAGUAAUGUAACUCCGUCAAUAUGACAUUACCUUUGUUAGCAAUGACUUUGAAUACGUUUUGUUUUUGUCUAUGACAGAGAAAGAGUUUUAAUAGGUGUUUUUGUACAUAUAGCUACUGAAUUAAAAAAUAUCACAUUUUUGUGUAAUAUACAAUGACAUUAAUAAUUAGAACAUGUCGAUUUAUUUAUCUUGAUACUAAUAAUAAU